CAUGUGAAACCGCUACUGGAAGUCACAAACAAGGACAUGGUUAUCGCAGAAAAGGAGCAAGAAUUGAGAUCAACGUCUGAGAAAUUAAGAAGAAGCGAGAUCUUUAUCACCGAUAUGUCUAAAACAAUUGAAAAGUUUGAUGAGGAGCGCAAUCGCUUACAAGAGAAGUUAGAUUUGGAAAGUAUGGAACGAGCAGAGGCGGAUGAAGCACGUCAAAGGAUUGCUGCUCGCAAGACCGAACUGGAAGCAGCUAUUGAACAAAUGGAAAAACAACUGCGCAAUGAAGAGCGUCGCCGCGAAGCUGCUGAAAGAGAUAGAAAGAAAUUUAUGGAGAACAUCCGUGAUUUGGAACUUCAACUGGAACAAGAGGAACGUACACGCCAAGGCCUACACCUUGAGAAAGUUGAGGUAGAGAAGAAGCUUCGAGAUUUGGAGUCACGAAGUGUAGAACGUGACGAAGCCAAUGGACGUCUCGCUAAGGAGAAGAAAUUGCUAGAAGAGCGCGUCAAAGACUUAUCAGCUAAACUUAUUGACGAAGAGGAAAGAGCAAAAACGUUGGUGAAGCAAAGGAACAAGACGGACGUUGCAUUGGAGAACAUUCGUGAUUUGGAACUUCAAUUGGAACAAGAGGAACGAACUCGCCAAGGCCUACACCUUGAGAAAGUCGAGGUAGAGAAGAAGCUUCGAGAUUUGGAAUCACGAAGUGUAGAACGUGACGAAGCCAAUGGACGUCUCGCUAAAGAGAAGAAAUUGCUAGAAGAGCGCGUCAAAGACUUAUCAGCUAAACUUAUUGACGAAGAAGAAAGAGCAAAAACGUUGGUGAAGCAAAGGAACAAGACGGACGUUGCAUUGGUGGAGUUGCAAGAGGAAAUAGAAAGGUGA